AUGUUUCGGGAUACCCGUGAAAAGUCCCAGCGUCUUUUUGUGCGGAAUUGGAACCAAUGUGCGGUUUGGUUUACCCGUUUUAUCCUUCUCCCACAAGAGCGCCCAUCUCUCUUUGAUCUUCCGCCUCACUUGCUGUUUUGCGACCGAAGCCAGCCGGGGAAACGGUUCUUCCGGCCCCGCUUCCCCCCCUCCAAGCGCAGCCUCCUUGGCCGCAGUAUCCGCGAGCUCGUUUCCUGGAACGCCCGCAUGCGCAGGAAUCUAUCGGAUGGUGAUUUGGAGGUCGAUAUCCGGUGGGUUAAAGGUUGUGGGCGUUCGUGCAGUCCUGAGUGCUUGGAUGUGGGCAUAAAUCGUGCGGAGGAUGAACUGGCCGGCCUUAAGGCAUAUAUCAUGGACAACGUCGGCGGUGUCAGCGUCUAUCUCGCGCGAGACCAGCUGCGCGCCAAUGAUGGCCGCCUCUUGAGAGUCACUCUCACAGAUUUCGCACGAUUCUUCGCUUCCCCAUGGCACAACAGGCCAACCUCGGUGUCUAGUCCCAGCCGCCCCCAGUUAUACGCCAGCUAUGAGGCGGAUCUCAAGCAGCUGCGGGAGGGCCUUUCCUCACAGUGGCACAUAAUGCUCGACAACCUACUGCAGGGUCUUCCGCUCCUGUUCGCCAGCGACUGGCCCAUGGUGCCCAACCACACCGACCUGCUGGAGAACAAUAUCCACGUUGACUCCUCGACGGGCCACAUCACGGGAAUUUGCGACUGGCAGGACACCACUGUGAGCCCGUUUGGUACGUCGCUGUGGGGGGUCGAGAGUAUGCUUGGGGAGCGCACCACAAUAGGCUGGCGCUCGGUGGGCAACUCGGCUAUGCUUCGCCGGGGCUUUUGGGAAGCGUUUGCCGCCGCAGCUGGGCCUCAGGUACCUAUAGAACGUGUUGAGGUUGCACGGCUCGUAGGGAUUUUCUCGAAAUUUGGUUUCGAAUGGGUGGAUCAGGAGACCAGGCGGCCUGUCAUGGAGGGGUCAUCGGACUUUUCCUUCCUUAAGGCUGUCACUCUGAAUGUUGAUACAGCGAUAUUCGAAAUUGGCUUCCAUGUUUUACACAAAGAAAGCCCCACCGCCAAGACUAUGGUGAAACCGCCUAGGUCUGGUUCGGCUAGGCAGCAGAUCAUCCCUGCUCGUCAGAAUGGAAAUGUGGGAAUCAACUAUGGAUCGAUCCAAUUGCCGCCGGAGCGACCCGAAACCCCACCGACUCCUCUCUCGACCGUCCCGUUCCGUCGCGACCCAGACUUUGUAAGUCGCGACAUACUGCUUGAGCAGAUACAUGAAAAGAUAUCAAUCCCAGGGUCCAGGAUAGCUCUUGUGGGCAUCGGCGGUGUCGGGAAAUCCCAACUUGGUAUCGAAUACUCCUACCGAGUCCGAUCCGAAUCGCCGGCGACAUGGGUUUUCUGGGUCUAUGCAAGUAACGCGGCCCGGUUCGAGCAAAGUUUUCGGGAUAUCGCCGACCGGGCCAAAAUUAUCGGGCGUCACGAUCCCACCGUCAACAUAUACCAGCUAGUCGAAAGCUGGCUCCAGAAUGACAAGAGUCGAAAGUGGUUAUUGAUUCUUGAUAACAUUGAUGAUGAUGGGUUCCUUCGUCAGCCCUCGGCAAUGUGUCAGGAGACUCUAACGGUCGGGCAAACCAAUGCCUCCAAAAAGCCACUAUUAGAAUUUCUACCCCGAAGCCCGAACGGAUCAAUAAUUAUCACAAGUCGGAGCCAAGAGGUGGCGUUGAAAAUUUUCGAUCACCUGGAUAUCAUUAAAGUCGAGCCAAUGAAUAAGGCCGAGGCGCUAGAACUUCUCCAACGAAAGCUCAGACUACCAGCAGAAACCCCUGAUAUGGCGAAUUUGCUAGAAGAACUGGAGUUUAUGCCACUGGCAAUCAUACAGGCGGCCGGUUAUAUCAAGAGCGACCGCAACGCGACAAAGCUUCUUGCUUAUGAGGCAGGUCAUCUCUAUCGGGAUUGGGAAGCGAAGAAUUCGAUUCUGGUUACAUGGCAAAUAUCCUUCGACCACGUUCGACGCAUGAAACCGUCAGCCGCUGAUUUGCUCUCUCUUAUGAGCUUUUUUGACCGACAGGGAGUCUCAGAGAAUCUUCUCCGAGUUCAAGGCGAGAUACGAAACGACGACUCCAGCUCGGAGAUUAUGUUGGAGUAUAGUGACGAGAGAACAGAUAGCGCAUCUGCUUCAGAGACGGGUCGUGAUUUUGGGGAUCAAAGACCAUCUGCCACUAAUCUGCUCUCUCUCAUGAGUUUUUCUGACCGGCAGAGAGAGUCCGGGGAUCUUCUCCGUGUUCAAGACUUCUCCGUUGACGAGGAUACAGAUAGCCCGUGUGAAUCCGAGACGAAUCAUGAUUUUGAGGAUGAUAUCACUGUGCUCAGAGACUUUUCAUUUGUUUCUAUCAAUAAAGACAGCACAGAAUUCACGAUGCAUCGGCUAGUGCAACUGACUGUACAUGUGUGGCUGAAAGCUAAUAGCCAGCUAGAGCGAUGGAAGGAGCAAUUUAUCAUGGUCCUGUGGCAAAGGUUUCCGACAGGUGAAUAUGAAAACUGGGCACGGUGCCAGUCGCUCUUUCCACACGUGAAGUCAGCCAUGUCACAACGACCAAAAUCACAAGAAUCUCUAGUGCAAUGGGCUACGCUGCUUUACAGAGGGGCAUGGUAUGCGCAGGAAAGCGGCAAUUUUGUGGAAUCACGAGAUAUGGCAUCUAAAUCGCGAAAGCAAAGAGCAUUGAUCUUUGGCUCGGAGGGUGAACAGACUCUCAAAAGCACUGCGAUGUUAGCGGGCGCAUACCGCCUGGAGGGGGGAUGGGAAGAGGCGGAGCAGCUCUUUGUGCAGGUCAUGCAGACUCGCAAGGCGAAGCUCGGCGCCGACCAUCCUGACACGCUGACGAGUAUGGCCAAUCUGGCGUCGACGUAUAGGAGCCAGGGCCGGUGGGAAGAGGCGGAGCAGCUCUUUUUACAGGUCAUGGAGACUCGCAAGACGAAGCUGGGGGCCGACCAUCCUGUCAAGCUAGGUAGCAUGAACAACCUAGCUUAUACCCCUUGGUCAACACGUCAACAGAAAGCCGCUCUACUACUGAUGGCCGAAUGCGCUCGACUUUGCGAGCAAAAACCAGGCCCUGAUCAUCCCCACACCAUGUCUUCCAACUCUACUUUGAACAAACGGCGUACGAAGGCUUAUUCCACCUCUUCAUCUUCCCAGCUCACUAAAACGCCCAAUGAAACAAAAGAAAACCACAUCCUAGCCAGUCCGGAAUCAUCAAAGCGAGCUUCCAAACCUGGCGGACAUCAUAGGCGCAAAAUCUUCUCACGCCUCUUCAGUAAAAAUCAGGACUCUUCCGUCCUCAAAUGUUAUGGAACGGAACUUGUUUUGACGGCAGUGAAAGAAUGGAAAUCAAAAAUUUAUGUCGUCGCAACUAUGCACAGAUAUAACACCAGCAUUUAA